UCCACCAGUCAAUUACACAAUCAAUGGCAACGACUACACUAUGGGGUACUACCUUGCCGAUGGUAUUUAUCCUAAGUGGCCAACGUUUGUGAAGACGAUUCCAUCACCCCAAGGGAAUAAGAAGAAAAACUUUGCCACAGCACAAGAAUCUGCAAGAAAAGAUGUCGAGCGUGCCUUCGGAGUACUUCAACAACGAUUUGCAAUCGUUCGUGGACCUUCCCGAUUAUUCAAAGUCAAUGACCUAACAAAUAUAAUGAAAACAUGUGUUAUUCUACAUAACAUGAUCAUUGAGGACGAGCGUGAUGAUAGUCAGGGUCUGAACAUGGAGUACGAUCAACUUGAUGAUGAUAUUCCAGAAUUGUCGCGCAAUCCAACAAAUGAGUUUAUGAACUUCAUUCAGCGCCAUCAUGAAAUUAGGGAUAGCUCGGCACAUCAUCAACUACAAGCAGAUUUAAUUGAACAUCACUGGCAAUUCCAUUCCCAACAAUAGAAGAGAAGGUUGUGUUGGAGUCUCUAUUUUAUCAUUAGUAGCGACGGUGUAUUUCAAGUUUCUAGAAUUUUCAUUCCAAAAAACAUGUUUGGUUUCAAGAAAAUGCAGGUUAAGUUAUUGUAAUAUUUUCAUUAUCUGUAAUAGUUUAAGAAUUUGUAAU